UCCGCGUUUUACUUUCUUUUCCCAUUUCUCGAUUCUUUCAUAAGUCGUCUCAUCCUUCUGUGUAAAGGUUGCAGGAGAACCAAGGAAGGGAGCUUAGCGAUGAAGGAAUGCGAACUGUGCAAAUAUCCUGCACGGAUGUACUGUGAAUCCGAUCAAGCGAGUUUGUGUUGGGACUGCGAUUCGAAGGUUCACUGUGCUAACUUCCUCGUCGCGAGGCAUUUGAGGAGUUUGCUUUGUCAUGUCUGUCAAUUGCCAACCCCUUGGAAAGCUUCGGGAUCCAAGCUCGGACCGACGGUCUCGGUUUGCGAGAAGUGUGCUAAUAAUUGUAAUGGCAGGGAUGAGAGAAGUGAAGUAAACGAAGUUAACGAAGAAAGCGAGGGAGCAAAUGAGGAGGACGAUGAGAUUGCCGGAGAACGAGAUGAUGAUGAGGAGGAGACUGUUGACGGUGAUGAAGAUGAGGAUGAGGAUGAGGAUGAUGAAGAUGAGGAUGACGAGGGUGGAGAGAAUCAGGUUGUCCCCUGGUCUUCCACUCCGCCUCCACAGAUCGAGAGUUCUUCGAGUAGUGAUGAGUCUUCAAGUAGUGGCCGCAAACGAGGUAUUGCGGAAUCAACGAUGCCGUUUCCUUUAAAAAGGAUGCGUGAGAAUGCAGAUCUCGGUUGUCAUGAUAAUCUCGGCUGCUCGUCUUCCCACCCAAAUAACGAUACGGCGGUGGCGGCAACUGCGGCUGGGGUUUCAGACGACGAGGCGUCAUCCUCUUGUGGCUCGUUCAGGCCUUCCAAGAGCCUAAAGAGAACCUUGACGACUUCACCGGCCCAACCACCACCACCACCGGCGGCGGCGGCGGCGGCAGCAGUCGUGGUUUGCUCGCUCCAGAGAUUCCAGUACGAUGCACUACUCUCCGGCAAAGACUCGACUGCAACGAUACUGGAAAUCCGCAAACUAAGCAAAGAUUCUAGUGCCGUUGAUCUCGAUAAUCGUAACCGUCGAAUCUGA